AUCUGUGAUAUAUUCUGAUUUUGUUGCGACGGCGGACGCACGUUCAGAAUGUUGAAAUUAUUAAUAUUUUUUGUUUGCUACGGGGUAUCUUUGGCUUAUAUUAACAAAGAUUCACCCCCGCAAUGGAACGAAGUUUACACAGUGAAGGGGCUGCUAAACAUACCUUAUGCUGAACUUCACGAGCCAUUCUACGCUUGGUUUGACAGCAAGAAUGGCAAAUCCAGGAUUGAUUACUACGGCGCCAUGGUCAAGACCUAUCAGCUGUCUUCUGCAGUGUUCCCUACAUAUGGAUCUUCCAUCAAGAUAGCGCCUGUGACGACGGAGCGUGUGCUGAACCAGCAGACCUGUCUGCAGGUGAACGGCAGCGCCGACGGGCCUGUCAACCCGCAGUCGGUGCUGCCCGACAUGACGGACUUCAAAUACGUCGGCACGGAGACGAUGCAGGACUCUGACACUAGCAAGUGGCGCAUGGUGAUGAACGUGGGUGACAAGAUCAACAAGUACACCAUGUGGGUCAAGUACCGCCGCACGCUGCGAGGGGACAACAUACCGAUACCCGUCAGGUACGAGAUGAAGGGCUUCAACUCGCUGCUGGGCUCGCACUACGACCACUACUACAUCGAGUACUCCGACUACAACAUCGACCAGAUUGAUCCUGGUGUCUUCAAAAUUGACCCUGCAUACCAGUGCUCGUCGUUCCCCGGCCCGGGCGCCCGCCACCGCGCCACAUUCAACCCAAUGAUGGAGUUCGUCCACCCCGCCACCGACGACCACGUGCACCACGAGUUUGACAGGUUCAAACAGAAGCACAACAAGCAGUACUCCAGCGAAAUUGAACACGCCAAGAGAAUGAACAUCUUCAGACAAAAUCUCAGGUACAUCCACUCGACGAACCGCGCGCACCGCGGGUUCUCUGUGGCGGUGAACCACCUCGCCGACCGCACCGAUGACGAGCUCGCCGCGCUGCGCGGACGCACCUACAGCGGGCCUAAUGAAGGUCUGCCAUUCCCGUACGGCGCGGAGGACGUGGCCGAGAUGAGCGUGAAGCUGCCGCCCGAGUUCGACUGGCGACUCUUCGGAGCCGUCACACCUGUUAAAGACCAGUCAGUGUGCGGGUCGUGCUGGUCGUUCGGCACGGUGGGCGCGGUGGAGGGCGCGCUGUUCCUGCACAACGGCGGACACCUCGUGCGGCUCAGCCAGCAGGCGCUCGUGGACUGCUCGUGGGGUUUCGGUAACAACGGUUGCGACGGCGGCGAGGACUACCGCGCGUACAAGUGGAUCAUGAAGCACGGCCUGCCCACUGAGGAGGACUACGGCGGGUACCUCGGACAGGACGGGUACUGCCAUAUCGACAACGUGACGCUGGUCACCACCAUCAAGGGCUGGGUCAACGUCACGGCCAAGAACGAGAGCGCGCUCAGGCUGGCGAUCUUCAAGCACGGUCCGAUAUCGGUGGCGAUCGACGCCUCACAUCGCAGCUUCAGCUUCUACGCCAACGGGGUCUACUACGAACCUAAAUGCAAGAACCAAGUGGACGAGCUCGACCACGCGGUCCUGGCAGUGGGUUACGGCGUCCUCAACGGCAAGAAGUACUGGCUGAUCAAGAACAGCUGGUCCAACAUGUGGGGCAACGACGGCUACGUGCUGAUGGCGGCGCGCGACGACAACUGCGGCGUCAUGGCCGCGCCCACCUACGUGCUUAUGUAGAGGGGGAGGAGUUACACCUGGGUUUAGCUUCACCCUAAGGCUUCAGCCUCGAAAUCUGCGAGUAGCGGGGCGGGCGCGGCGCGUUUUAAUGUAUACUAGGUUUAUAUGGACCGGUUCUCAAAAACAGCGGCGCGCGGCGUACUAGACGACUCAUUAUUUUUACAUUGCCUGCUUGAUUUUGAGACUGAAGCCUAAGGCCCUAGCAUACGGCUACUUUUCGGAUUUCUGAUGCAGUAGUGAUACUGUCGCGCGUCUGCAUCGAUAGACUAUGGUUACACGGUCAGUCUGGAAUCAGUUCAGUCCAUCAGUCUGAGAUUGACACUUGAAUGAUGACCGGAAAGAACAUAAUAAAAAUGAUCCGUCAAUCAGUCCGUCUAUCAAACGGUUACACGAUCAAUCUUUCUUCAGUGUGGAUCAGACUGAUGGACUAACUGAUGCCAGACUGACCGUGUAAUCUAUGUCAUACAGUUGCAAAACGUUCGCUAGCUGUGUGCCCGGGCGCUCAUUCAGUCGCGAACGCGAUACGAUCGCUACACAAAAAAGUCACCGUGUACUAGACCCUAAAGGAGGACCCAUUCUGUCUUAUCAUUCCGAAAAUGUGUAAGGAUCUUAUUAUUGGCAUAAAUUGUGUAUUCAAGCAAAAAAACUUAGUGCCAAUAAUAAGAUGACUGUCAACGAUGGGGUAGUUUUCUCUGGGUCACAAAAAUGAUAUUAUGAGAAGCGCUAAUAUUAAGAUGGGUACUUACAUUUUUAAUAUCAUUUGACCUUUUUAUGACAAAUGUAGGUAGGCCACUACCCGGGUGUAUUCACAUUGUGAUAUUAAGCAAUUUUAUUGAGGCAUUUAAAGAAUAUUAGCAUUGAAAAUUAGUUUUAAAGUGCUCUCUUUUCCAUCCUUGAUGUAAGAUGUGUUGUUUGUUUCUUUACUAAGAAAACGUAUCAGUUUGCACAGCAUGCUUUGGUCAAAUUCAUUAUAAUAUAGAUCUGCAUAUCAUUAAUAACUUUAUUAUUAUUAUAGUGAAUUGAUGUAGCACUUUAUGAUAUUUUAAUGCUCACUUUUUCGAAUAGUAACCAGUCUAUGUUAAGUUCAAAUCUAGAUAAGUUUUUUUAUUUUUUAGCAGGAUGAAUAAAGUUUUUAUAAAAUUA